UCUAAUUUGGGCGCCGCCGAGAGAGGCCGACCCGCCAUUGUUUUCCCUCAGUCGCCUCCUGCUUGGCAGAGAAACCACGAGGCUUCUCCUCCUUCCUUCGACGGUCGAGUUCCUUCUUCUCAGAGAGAGAGAGAGAGAGAGAGAGAGAGAAAUGGACGGCAUCCCCGCCAACGAUUUUGAUCGCCUUCUCUUCUUCGAAGCCGCGAGGAAGACGGCCGAGAUGAACUACGCCAAGGAUCCCCUCGACGCUGACAACUUGACUAGAUGGGGAGGUGCACUCUUGGAAUUAUCACAGUUUCAGCAAGGACAAGAAUGCAUCAAGAUGGUGAAGGAUGCUGUUUCUAAACUUGACAAAGCAUUGGAAGUCCAGCCAAGGAAGCAUGACACUUUGUGGUGCUUAGGAAAUGCCCACACUUCCCAUGCCUUUCUUACUCCCGAGCAUGAUGUUGCAAAGGUUUAUUUCAAGAAGGCAGCUGAAUGUUUCCAACAGGCAGUUGAAGAGGAUCCAGAAAACGAGAUCUAUUUGAAGUCCCUUGAGUUGGCUGAUAGGGCACCUGAAUUGCAUCUGGAAAUUCAUAAGCAGGUGCAAUAUCAACAAGAGGCUGCUACUAGUGCUUCUGGAUCUUCCAAUGCUAAGAAAAUGAAGAAGAAAAAUAAAAGCAGUGACCUCAAAUAUGAUAUAUUUGGGUGGAUCAUCCUUGCAGUUGGUAUUGUUGCAUGGGUUGGUAUGGCAAAAUCACAUAUGCCCCCUGCUCCACCACCGCCACCUCCUAGAUAAGAGCCAAGAGAUUGGCUAAAUAAUUUUCUCUGCAGGUAAUCUUGUUCCUGUUACAUUCCACGAGGAGGAGGUGAUGCUUUUUUUUUUGGGAUCCUUUUUUUGUUGAAAUGUUUUGGGAAGUUUUGGGGCCACAAAGAUGAGAUGAAUUGUCACGGUGUGUGGUUUAUUGUCCUGCUCUUGACAAAAACAAACUACUUUAGAUAUCUCUAUAUUAUGUUAAUGGUUCUCCAUUUAUUUUCAAGAAUAAUUUCUUUGUCUUA